CGCACCACACAGAGUUUGACUACUGUGUAAGUAAAGCACAUUCCACCCGCUAUCAAUGUCCUGCAAGGGGGAAAAUAUGCAAAUUGUGUGGAAAACUUAACCACUUCGCCAAAGUGUGCCUUUUCAGCUGCGGGAAAAAUGUCCAUGCUGUUAAUAAAGAAGACACUGAACCAGAAGAGCAUGAUGAAAUGUUUGUAGACUCUGUGGCCCAAAGCAAUCAGAGUCCAGAGCAAGCUUUUCCAGUUUCCAAGUCAGUCCAAAACAAAUUGGAAUACGAUUCAAGGUAG